GGUGUAUAACAACAUCUUUGAUGCUCGUGGUCUGUAAACAAAUGCGGAGAGCUGAAAUUGCAUGUGGUGUUUUGAUCUGUGUUGGAAGUCAGAAUAGAGUCAAGAUUGUUUGAUGAUAUAGUGCAGUAAGAUUUGAUGCAGUUAUGGUACUGUCAUGUAGUGUACGGCUGCGACCGGUGUUGUCGGCUGCUGUUGGCCGAGCUGUCAGACUCGCACCGCAACAUCAAAUUACAACAUUGCAGAUCAGAUGGAAGUCGUACACACCCAUGAACACCGUAAUAAUGUUCGUGCCUCAACAAGAGGCAUGGAUUGUUGAAAGAAUGGGGAAGUUUCAUAGGAUCUUGGAGCCUGGACUGAAUAUCUUAUUACCAAUUGUGGAUAAAGUUAAAUAUGUUCAGAGUCUAAAAGAAAUAGCAAUUGAUGUCCCCAAGCAAAGUGCAAUCACUUCAGACAAUGUGACGUUAAAUAUUGAUGGCGUGCUUUACUUAAGAAUUAUUGAUGCCUACCUGGCAAGUUAUGGUGUUGAAGAUCCAGAAUUUGCAAUUACCCAGCUAGCUCAGACAACAAUGAGAUCUGAGCUUGGAAAGAUAUCACUGGAUAAUGUUUUUAUGGAAAGAGAGAAUCUAAAUGUGAGCAUAGUUGAAUCUAUCAACAAAGCCAGUGAAGCUUGGGGAAUAACAUGCCUCAGAUAUGAAAUCCGUGACAUCAAACUUCCUAGUCGAGUGCAGGAAGCAAUGCAAAUGCAAGUAGAAGCUGAGAGGAAGAAAAGAGCUGCAAUACUGGAAUCCGAGGGAAUGAGAGAAGCUGACAUUAAUGUUGCUGAGGGUCAAAAACGAGCAAGAAUUCUGGCUUCAGAGGCCGAUAGACAGGAACAAAUAAACAAAGCAGCUGGAGAGGCACAAGCUAUGUUAGCUGUGGCAGAUGCGAGGGCCAAAGGAUUACAACUUGUUGCAAAAUCUCUUGCUUCAAAGGAUGGACAGAAUGCAGCCACAUUCAGUGUUGCUGAGCAGUAUGUGGAGGCUUUCCAGAAAUUGGCCAAGACAAACAACACACUAAUUUUACCAAGCAACGCUGGUGAUAUUGCUGGUGCUGUUUCUCAGGCAAUGGCAGUAUUCCAGCAUCUCACUAAGCAGUCAACUUUGUCUGUGGAGCCCUGUGAAAACUCAAAUGUCACUGAUGACAGCAGAGGGGACUGUAGAGCAGAGUACUACAGUGACGAAGAAAAGGAACCUACAAAGACUGAGAAUAAGAGAUGAAGUAAAUGUAAACAUUAAAAUUUGUAAACCACAAUAAACGCUUCAUUUUGUAUGUUGUU